UGUCUAUGUGAGUGACUAUUAAUAAGUAACCUAACUAAGUAAUUCAAAUUGUUUUUAAUCACGCAUCUUUAUUUUCAUAUACAGUACGUUCUUGAAAAUGCAAGCACGAUUAUGCUGUUAAUUUGUAAUUUGCAGUUCAUUUCGUCGCAAUAACUCAUUACUAUCUCAUACUAACUCAUACAUCUAACUCAUACUAGUGUAAGAUAAGUAAGUAAGAUACUCAUUUACGACUGUGAAUUAACGAAAAACAUACAAAAUAAUACUCAUAAUCAUUUUGCGUCUUCAAAACCAAGCAAUAGUCGAUAGCGGCCCAGCAAUGUAUAUUUCAUCUUUUUGUUGGAUAAUUUUAGAAUCUUGUACUUUCAUAACCAUAUUUGGUGGUUUUAUGGACCUAGGAGCACACAUAAGCGUCUCAGUGCCUCUGUCCUUAUUCCGAUUGAAAAACUUGAUUGAAUUGUUAAAAAGAGUCAAGAGUAAACAGUUCAUCGAUAACUCUUUUAUUAAAGGCAUGAAUUCAGAUGUGAUCAGUUAUAUGAAUGAUUUUGAUAAAAAUAUCGUUACAAUACGUUACCUUUUUUUUUCUUUUCGUACUUGUCUCAUUUGGAGCUGAUAAUGCGAUCUUUUUGAGACUAAGCACUAACAUUGUAAGAGCCAUUCAAAUUGGGUAUCAAAUAUGCUUGCUAUCCGUGGUCUGGUCGUACUAUUAAUAUUAAUAAAUGGAAGCGUUGUUUAUGUCGCAGGAGCUUUUUUGGAUCAGCCUUUUGUGGUUCAUGGUCUGUAUGUAUCAAUCAUAGCCAAAGCCAGCGUAAAACUUGAUCAAAAACUGAAGGCUCUGGAAAUUCUCGAUCGCAUUCUUGGUCCUUAUUGUGGAGCUAAAAUUGGUGAUUUGUUUACUGCUGAAAAACUUCUUGCUGUCUAUUACGUUCUUGAAAACGCAAGUACGAUUAUGUUGUUAAUUUGUAAUUUGCAGUUCAUUUCGUCGCAAUAACAUUUCAUGUACUAUAUAUUUACGACUGCGAAUGAACGAAGAACAUUCAAAACAAUAACAGAUAAAUAGAUAUACUCUGGCAGAACAUGGAUAAUCUAAAAUCAAAAUAACAAUAACGCAACGAGAUAUCUACCUUAGAUUAUCCUUUUCAUCCUGAAUCGUUAAUUGUGACUGUUGCCGCUGAAAACUCAUGCCGUAUUAGCCCUUUGGGCAAUAUUCAGUUGUCGCCAUAAGCUUGCUAAAACCCUUUGGAAACAUUCUGAUCAACCCAUUCAUCUGGCUUUGGUUGCCCCAAUGGUUUAUAGUCGUUUGUCAUCUUACUUAGUCGAUACAAAUAUCAAGACAGAUUUAAAAAACUAUUCCCGAAUCUUCGCCGAAAUGGCAACAGGAGUUUUAGACGAUUUAACUAAUUUAACUACAAAUUCCAUUCAAUGUCUCAUUGAAAUAUGAAUAGAUUGGCGAUCUAGACACAGAUUCAAGUCGUUUGAAUUAUCGAGAUGAAGGAACCAGUACAGCAGAGUAACGGAUAUUAAUGCAGGUAUCAGCAAAGGAGUAAUAACUAGAGCAGAGAUGGCCAAUUUGAGAAGCGCUGGAAAAUGGGAAAUGAGAGUUCGAUAGAAUGCUAUAGAAUGGUGAAAUAUCUCAAAUCAGCUUCCAAUAUCAAAUCAUUAUGAAACAUCCAAGCUUGGACUAUCACAGCAUUCAGCACAACUAGAGCAGAAAUAACUUCGAAUAAGCCAGUGAUCUAAUAGCGCGAAUAAAAACUGGUACAAUUUGAACUUCGCAAUUAGAUCAUAACUUAUUGAUCGCAAUUUAUUUUUCUAUUUCAGUAUUUGUGACACAGUUAUUCUAUAUUUGCUGUGAUUUAACGCCAUCAUAACUGAAUCGGUACUCUUAGCAACAAUGCAUAUUUUUUGACCCUUAAUUGUUUCUUUUCCAAACAAUUUACUAUUAUUCAUGGAGAUUCAACAUUGAUUAUUCACAUUUUAUUCACUGAGAUAAUUUGAACAGUUGAAUAUCGAGCUUGAACAAGAUAAAGGGUAAAAAUGAUCAACAAUCUUUGCAUAAAUGAAGUUGUCAUAAAUCAAUCAUCAAUCAUUAAAAGCUAUUGCAAAACCAAACCAAAGAAAAGCAUCUUGGGAGAUAUUAAAUCACGAAAGAUAGAAAUAUAGAAAUUCAUUAGAACUUGACGCUUCGAUCUUUACAGAUGAACAUUCAUUAAAAAUACAUUUAAGUAUGACCAAUAAGUCGAUAUGUAUUGACAUAUAAAUUAAGACGUCAAUAAAAUGGUGAAUUCAUUUCAAUGGAAAA